CGCAUUUCACCGACGGUUUAAACAGCAGCUGUACCUCUUGACUUGCUCUGUGUACCUUACACCGAUCGACGUUUAUUCGCGCGAAUCAUGUCUUUAAUGUCAUAGCUAAGACUAUAAAAAGCAAUCCAUUCCCCGCCUUUAUUCAUUAAAAGAAUUCCUCUUUCCCCUCAUCUUCAUCACAAAAUGUCGACCGAAAUAGAAAACGAUUUUGGCAACAUGUCCCCUGAUGAAACGAAAAAAGAGAAGCAUUCUCAAUUGAUGGUACAAACGGAAGAUAUUGAAGAAGAUUCGUCAAACGGAUCAAAUCAACAUUAUUCCCCACAAGAUUCAACGAAACAAAGAGCAGGUAAGAUCGCCGAUAAAGCUUCUUUAGCACAUGAUGCACUUUAUAGUGAUCCAGAAAAAGCAAAAUUACUCAAAAGUGGUACACGUAAAUUGGAUUGGACAGUUGUUCCUCCGUUACUGUUGAUGUGGUUAGCAAACUUUAUCGAUCGAUCAAAUGCGGGAAAUGCAAGAAUUGCAGGAUUAACAAAAGAUUUAGGCAUGGUGGGAAUGCAAUUUAAUACAGCUUUGGCAGUGUUUUACGUGACUUAUAUUUUGGUAGAAUUACCUUCAAAUAUCAUUCUCAAAAAAGUUGGUGGAAAUAUUUGGUUACCUACGAUUACCUUUGUUUGGGGUGCUGUAACAGCCUGUACCGCUGCAACGAGAAAUUACGCUGGAUUCCUAGUUAUUCGAUUAGUACUAGGCUUGGCAGAAGGAGGACUUUUGGGAGGUAUCACCUUGUAUCUCUCAACUCUUUAUCCACGUUUUCAAAUUCAACAAAGAGUUGCUAGAUUUUAUGCUGCUGCUGCAUUAGCAGGUAGUUUCGGAGGUCUUUUGGCAGCAGGACUAACAUCUUUGGAUACAAAUGGAAUCGAAGGAUGGAGAUGGUUAUACAUCGUCGAAGGAGUGAUCACUUGCGGAUUUGCAAUUUUUGCAAUUAUAAUUAUGCCAAAUUCGGUUUUGAAAACGAGAUAUCUCAAUGAAGAAGAACGUAAAGUAUGUCAAGAAGCACUUGAAGUGGACGUUGGUGUUGGUGCAUACACUUAUAGACUUCUCGAUAAGCCAAACGAAAAAGCUGACGCUCACGGUUCAGACGCCGAAAUUGGCGAGCGCACAAUCACUCACGGUCACGAAGAACAAUUUGAAUGGUAUGAAGUACAAAGAGGAGCAUUGGACAUUCAAACUUGGUUAACGGGUAUCUUAUACCUUUGUGUUUGUUGUUCACUUUAUUCAAUCACUCUCUUCUUGCCAACGAUCUUACGUGGUGUCUUUCCUGAUUCAACUCAAACUCGCGUUCAACUUUUAACCGUUCCGCCUUUUGUGCCAGCUGCGAUUAUGGUGUUGAUUGUAGCAUACUUUUCCGAUAAGACAAAGAUGCGUGGUCCUUACAUUAUGGCAUUCUUACCAAUCUCAAUCAUUGGUUAUAUCAUCCUCGUUGCAACAAAAGACAAUAAUGCACGUUAUGCAGCCGUAUUUUUGGUUUGUUUCGGAAUCUAUCCUGCUAUUCCAUGCAUUUUAACAUUGAUCGCAAAUAAUUCUGCCGGUCAUUAUAAACGUGCAACUUCAACCGCCAUGCAACUUAUGAUCGCAAACGGAGCAGGUUUUAUUGCCACUUUUAUUUAUGAUGAAAACAAAUUCGGUGGAGCAAAAGGAUACGUUGUUCCACAUGCAAUCGUUCUUGCAUGUUUAUGUUUAGGUUGGAUUUGUAUUUCCCUUAAUGUUUUGUAUUGUUAUCGUGAAAAUGCUGCAAGAACGGCCGGAAAACGUGAUGGAAAUAUUGCCGCUUAUGAAGAAUUGGUCAAACAAGGUAUCACUAAAGCACCAAUCGGAGAUCGUCAUCCUGGUUUCCGUUUCUCAUUGUAG